CAAAUCCUAAACUUGGUUAGUUUUGUUCUUUUAUUCAUGACAAAUGUGACGGUUCAGUCACUGAGCUCCAACAAAGUCCGACACUCUUCACUUCUUACACAGUUAAUGUGAGAAGAAAAAGAAAAAUGAACAUAUUUUAGAUUUUACUCCGUUUUUUCUUGGGUCUUUCCACAUAUUUACAGUUCGUUCCUUUUCCUCGGCCAAUAUUGACAUUUCUGGUUUGACAGACGCGUUUCCGGGGCCCAGAGACGUGAACAGGGGUGGUCCUCGGAGUGUUGGCCAGGGGAAGGCCUUCUUCUAUCUAUUUAUUUUCUCCCUUCUCUCACCCUCCCACACCUUCAACGUUGCCCCCGUCUUUUCCAGUCCCAGUCGGCGGGCGUCGGGCGACCUCUCUGGCAGGUUUGGCGUCGAAUGAAGCUGCGGUUGGUCCUCUCGUCCGCCGUCUGAUUUUAUGGUUCCUCAAAUGCUCCGGCCGUCCAGCUGACUCUCUCCCACUGAGCCGUUCACUUCAUUCCGGUUCGAUCUGAAUUGCCUAGCGGAAGGUGCGGAUGUGUCGCCGACACCAGAGUGUUUUUCCCCCCACCUUAUUGACUCACUUGUGGACUUUAAAACGCUGAAAGGACGGAUAUUUGUUUAUUUUUUGACCUAAUCUGGGGGUCGGACUCAGUUGAAGGACCAGGCCCCGAUCUCAUCCCCAGCCUCGCGUUUCCAUAUCGGGCUUCUCUUUUUGUGUGUGUUGGCUAGAAGUCAUGGGAGACACCAGUGAACGAAGCAAAGCUCCGAGUCUACCUCCACGAUGUCCCUGUGGAUUUUGGGGAUGGUGUUAACGUGGCUGCAGCCAAACCUCUGAACAUUCACACCUGGAUCAGUUACAUUUUCUUCUUCUCUCUCAGGUCUAGCAAAACCAUGAACCUGUGCUCCAAAUGUUUUGCUGACAUCCAGAAGAAGCAGCCAGGAGAAGACCUCACCUCCAAACCCAUCCAAAGCACCGGCACCAGCCAAUCACCUGUUUUCAGUAGCGACUCCAGCAGCAGCAGCAGUAGCAUUAGCAGCAUUAGCAGCAGCAGUAGCAGCAGUAGCCAGUCCCUGUUGUCGUCGCCGCCCUCCAACCCUGAGCAGCCGUCAGCCGCCGAGGAGCCGUCGUCCACGUGUCCCAGCACCAGAGAAGCCGUGUCGUCCACAGAAACCGCCCAGGGCACUCUCUGCACGCCCACAAAACGCCCCAGAGAAUCAGCCUCGGGCUCGGAGAGUGAAGCCACGCCAGAGAAGCGACCUCGGCCGAACGAGAAGGAGGGAGGCAGCGAGGAGGCAGGGGGCGCAACGCCGAAGCAGAAGAACCGCCGACGCUGCUACCGCUGUCAAACCAAACUAGAACUGGUGCAGCAGGAACUGGGCUCCUGUCGCUGUGGCUACGUCUUCUGCAUGCUCCACCGUCUCCCCGAACAACACGACUGUCUGUUCGAUCACCUGGGGCGCGGCCGCGAGGAGGCCGUCCUUAAGAUGGUGAAGCUGGACCGCAAAGUGGGCCGCUCGUGCCAACGCAUCGGGGAGGAGUGCUCCUGAUUUGGUCACCGCUCUCUCAAGUUUGGAGAUGAUUUGCUCGUGCAAGAGGAGGAGGAGGAGGAGGAGGAGGAGCAGCAGACCGGAGCCCGUCUUGUUUGGACCUGAACUCGACACCACCGUCACUCAACGCUGUUGACUUUGGUUUUUCUUUCUGUUGAAGACUCAGCCAGCAGGGGGCACAUCUUUAGUUAUUGCAUGUUCACAUGGACACACAGCCUUAAACACACCUCCCACCCCUAGCUGGUCCUGAAGGUACUACACCUUGUUGCAUCUUAAAGCCACGGUUUUACCCUCCUCCUCCAGCGCCCUCCACUGGCUGUGUUCUUUUUUUUUUUCAGAAAUUUAAAUAAGUAAAACAGGCUAAGGGACUUUUAUGGACUUGUCCAGCAGAGGGCGUCCUCUGCUUUUGCAUGGUCAAACAAACAGCCUUAAAACUCAACCCUAACUUGUGCCCCUCCCCUCCACACUCUUUUGUGUCGUUUUUUUAGUUUUUCCACAGACAUAAAAAAAAGACUCAUCGGAGCCGACCUGGACUCUUUUGGACCAGCAGAUGGCGCCUUCUUGUUUAAUGCUAAGUUCACAACUGGCCUUAACGCCACCAACAGGCUCCACCUGUUUGCUCCUCCUCCUCUCAUCAAGCUCCGCCCUCCUUGUCUCACUUACAGUUGUCUAGUUUUCUGUCCUUUGUCUGUUUGGCCAUCAGGGGGCGCCUUCUGUUGUUACGGCAUGCUCACACACUCGCACAAACAGCCUUAACCCCACAAAAGAAUGCCACGACACCACCUUUAAAUCCAGUCUCUGAGCUCCACCUGUGUUCUUUCCCUCUUCUUUGAGUCAAGCGCCACCUACAGGAAGUUAGGACAGACAAACUGCCGUAGCGUUUGCAGAACAAACCUGUUCAGAGAGGUUUUUUUUUUUAUGUCUUAUCGUGUGUGGGGGAGGGGGGUAAUCCAGUCCAGUCCCAGCACCACCUCAGGUCCUUAUUAAGGGGUGGGGUGUCAUGGUCAGACCCCCCCUCCCCCCAACCCUUGUUUCCUUGCACAGCGCCACCAACAGUUAGAUACUUUUUUUUCUUUUUCUUCUUAUUCUAAAAUCUUUUUCCCCCAUGGACGUGAAUGUGCUCUCACAUCUCCACACUGACCCCUGGUGGAGGAGAUACAGCCGACCCCUGCCUCGUUCACAUGGACGGUU